AUGGAGCUUAAGCAGUCAUUGAGUGGCGUGCUACCAUUAUCAGAGCAGUACACCGUGCUGCAUUGGCAGUCGAAGACGAGAGAAACCCAUGGCUUGGUCUCUGGGACUUCGUUGCCGACUUUCAAAGUGCAACACUUCAUCACGCUGGCCCAUAAUGACAAGAUCUUUUAUGGGCUCGAGCUGUUCGUCUAUCUCACUGUGUUUGAAGGCUCACACGUUGAGCAGAUGCUAUUUGUAUCCAAGGCCGAUACCAAUGGGGAGAACGAUUCGAAGGCGAGCAUUGGUCUGGUGACACAGCACUGUGUUGAACAUGUCUUGCGUAUACCGAUGGCUGAGUAUUUCAAAGAGGUUAUACCAAAGGACGCUACAAGGCCAAAGUACGGCCCAAACACGAUAUCCAGGUUCACAGGCACAAGGAAAGCACUGGAUAUUCUUCUGAGACGCCAUACGGGUGAGCUAGAGACUCCAGAGGCGGUCAGGCCGUAUACCAUGAAGGAUUUCCCCAGAGAGUUGAAGACCAAGAUUGCGCUGUUCACCAGGAGUGAACCUCAAUAUCUGUUCCCCUGCUCCUCUGAAAACCCUUCCAAACACAUAUUGGACGGCGAGAGCCUGCUCAAAUGGUGGUUACGCGUCUUAGACCCAGUCCUGACCUCACAAUUCGAAACACAUAGGGCGUUUCUUCGAAUCCCCAGUGAAGAUGAUAAGGUCAUCCAGAGAUACCUAACGCCAUUGAGAGGGAAUUGGUCAAUUGGAGAUGUCUUUGGAAGUGAUCCAAAGGACAUCGCAGUAUUCAAGAUCCCGUUGUUCCCCGAUGACCCUAAGGCCAGAUUCUUGGAACAUCUAUGCGUUGAGAGCAGGGUCAAAGCAGUCUCUGUUGCCCAAUUCUGGGAGGAAUUGCAGAUGAGACAGGAAUUCAGACUCGGUGUUAUUGUUAGUGUCAUUGGUGUCGAAGGCAAGUUGAAACCAUCCUUAGCUGACUCUUCCACUGGGUUAAUUUGCUCUUAUAAGAUGUUAAAAGCCUUGAAGAACUUCAUCACCGGCGAAGACUUCCAUGAUGACGAGGGUGCAUUGGAAUCGUACAAGAACGUCAUCAGUUACUUA